AACGAAGUGGGUAGCAUGCUACCUAUCUCUCUCUCUCAAAAAAAAGAAAGAUUUCUACAUCAAAGAAAAGAGACAGAGAUUUGUAGUAACUUCUUCAGGGUUUGUAACUUUCCGAACUAUUUACACCUUUCUACUUUCCUCCUCUUGGCAUUAUAGAAAAGCUGUGACAAAGGCGUUCCAAGGAAUAGGGAACUUACUAACAACUGAAUAAUAUGCAGUAAAAUAUGUCAGACCUAAUACUAGGCCAAAGUUUAAAAAAAUAUACUAUAUUCUAAUCUCUAGAAAUCACAUUUUCGGCAAGUUUCUGGCAUUUCUGGAUUGCACUGAAUAUCACGAUGGAGUUAGCAGAGCUUGAACUUAUUGAGGAAAGAAGAAUGAAAAUGUCCAUGUGCAUUACAAUAUGUCUGAUGUAACAUGAACUUACCAGUUUAGGCCCCGCGGAAAACAUUUGGAAUAGAGAUCGGGCCUCUUGCUGUCGAGAAAUAGAAUCAGAUGCAAGGGUAAAGCUGAAGAAAGCACAUUCUUCUCUUUCUUUCUGCCUUGUCAAUCCAAUAUGCUCAUCUUGCUUGCUCUACGAAGAAUCCUUAAUACCUCAUUACCUCUAUAUAAGCCUACGAUGGCUAUGGAAAUCCUCAGAUAAUCUCGCAAGCACCGCACGUAGAUAACAUGGGUAAAUUAUACGAGUCUUGUGUGCGAUGCUUCAAGCCCAGUCCUGCCCCUGACCAGGAAGCGCAUCAAAUUCUCAAGGGAACAGUCGUAAUCUCCCAAUCAUUCGGACAGUCCGGUGCUGGAAAAUCGACCACCGUCCGUCUAUAUAGCAGCACUCAAGUUGAUCCCAACACUGGUAGAGGAAAGCUAAGUAGGGAGGCAACACUUGACGGCGGCAAGAUUGGCAAGCAUGGGAAUGUCAAUACGGUGACGUAUCAAGUCUCGAUUCCCGUUGAAAAUAGUUUUGGCACCCCUGGCGCUAUCGUAGUGAAAAAUGGGGGCCGGCAUGAGUUCUUUCUUAAAUUUGCAUCUAUCGAUAUACAUGAAGAUAGGACUAUCCAUUUCGAGUGCAAUUCGUGGGUGUAUCCAACGACAAAGACAAACUCCGACCGCUUGUUCUUCGCUAACACAAGCUAUCUUCCUACUCAGACUCCGACAGCUCUGCAAAAACUUAGGGAGGAGGAGCUGGUGAAUCUUAGAGGGAAUGGAAGGGGAGAAAGGAAACAAUGGGAGAGGAUAUACGACUACGAUUACUACAACGAUCUGGGAGUACCCGACAGCAGGCAGCGUGUGAGGCCCGUGUUAGGGGGCACCAAGGAGUACCCUUAUCCACGCAGGGGCCGUACAGGUCGACCUCUUAGCCGUGCAGAUGGAGAAACCGAAAAACGGAGCAUAUUCAUAGAUCUCGACUUCUAUGUUCCACCGGAUGAGCGGUUUAGCCCUGUAAAACUCUCCGGGUUCAUAACGCACUCGAUCCAAGCCGUAUUGCACUUCGUGUUCCCCGAAGUCAAAUCACUGCUCGGGCACAAUAUAGGCAACUUCGAAUCAUUCAAAGAGUUGACGAAGGACCUCUACGCAAGGCGUCAUGAGCCAUCUAUCGUUGAAGGCGUGGUGAUGGAGAAGUUGAAGUCCCUCCUACCGAAAGAUAUCUACAAGGAAGUCAUCCGGGUGACGAAGGAAAACCCUUUGAAGUUCCCGGUUCCACAAGUGAUUGCAACUGAUGAGAAUGCGUGGAGGAGUGACGAGGAAUUCGCACGAGAAAUGCUAGCUGGGCUCAACCCAGGUGUGAUCAGAUGCUUAGAACAAUUCCCGCCAAUUGGAAGAGGAGAGAAGUACAGCUCUAUCAAUGCCUCACAUAUACAGGGAAAGAUCGACGGCUUAACCAUUCCUCAGGCUUUGAAGCAAAAGAGGAUUUUAAUUCUCGAUCACCACGACUAUCUGGUGCCGUACCUAAGGCGCAUAAAUGCGCAAGGACUGUGCAUCUACGCGUCCCGCACCCUCUUGUUCCUGAAGAAUGAUGGAACUCUAAGGCCUUUGGUGAUAGAGCUUAGCUUACCAGGGGAAGGGAUGGAACAAGAGGUCAGUAGGGUGUUCGUAUCUGCAAACCAGGGCACUGAGGGAGCACUUUGGAUGCUAGCCAAAGCUCAUGUUGCUGUUAAUGAUUCAGGAUACCAUCAACUCAUUAGUCACUGGCUACACACACAUGCGGCGGUUGAACCUUUCAUCAUAGCUACACGGAGGCAAUUGAGCACAAUACAUCCUAUUUACAAACUUCUUGAUCCUCAUUUUAAGGACACCAUGCAUAUAAAUGCGCUUGCGCGGGGGGUACUUCUAAAUGCCGGCGGGGUCCUUGAGAAGACUAUGUUCCCGGGCAAAUACGCCAUGGAGCUAUCCUCAACCAUUUACGAGAAUUGGCGAUUUACCGAGCAAGCCCUUCCCGAAGAUCUCGUUAAAAGGGGGCUAGCAAUAAAAGACUCCAACCAACCCUCUGGUGUGACACUCCUGCUGGAAGACUAUCCUUACGCUGAGGAUGGACUCGAUGUCUGGACUGCUAUUAAAACUUGGGUCACCAACUUUUGCUCCCACUUCUACCGCAGUGAUGAAGAUAUCGCGUCCGACGUCGAGCUCCAAUCGUGGUGGAAGGAGAUUCGCGAGAUUGGCCAUGGCGACAAACGCGACGAUGUUGAAUGCUGGCUUCCGCUGAACUCACUCGCCAACCUAAUCCAAAGUCUGACCACCCUCAUCUGGAUCGCUUCUGCCCUCCAUGCAGCCGUCAACUUUGGCCAAUAUGGCUAUGCUGGCUUCCCUCCGAACCGCCCGACACGGUGCCGGAAGUUCAUUCCACAAGAAGGUACUCUUGAGUUUGCGGAGUUCAUAGGCAAUCCAGACAAGUACUACUUGGAGAUGGUGCCGGACCGGUUCACAACGACUCUCGGGGUGGCACUAAUAGAGGUGCUCUCCGAGCACAUAGCCGACGAAGUGUACAUCGGGCAGAGGACAUCGUCGAGGUGGACCGACGACGGUGAGGUCCUGCGGUUGUUCGAUGGGUUCGCGGAGAGCCUCCGGCAAGUGGAACAAAGGAUAGAAGAAAGAAACCAAAAUGUAAAACUGAAGAAUAGGCUGGGACCAGCAAAGGUUCCCUACACAUUGCUAUUUCCAGACAUUUCAAAUGUAGGGAAUGAGAAGGGAAUUACAGGGAAAGGGAUUCCAAAUAGUGUGUCUAUAUAGCAGUUCACAAUAAUAUGUUGGUGUGUUGGUUUUUUAUUAUUAUUAUUAUUGGAUAAUGGUUUGUUAUUAUCAGAGGAGAUAUGAUUGAUAGGAUUUGCUUUGUUGGAGAAAUUAAUGUACUAAAUUGAAACUACAAAGAGAGACAGUAUAUAUGUAGAAUUGUAAGAAGUAAUUUGUGUAAUUGUGGUAUUCUAGUAUUUUUAAUAUUUAA